AUGCCUUCCGUAAACUCAAAAGAUUUUGCUACUAUACAACAACUUUUAGAACAUGAUAAUCAUAAGAAUCGUAAAGCGAUGCUGGAUUUUAUGGCUAAAGAUCCUAUUUAUAUUCCACGUUACAAUGUUUCUCUUGAGUUUGAACGAGAAAUUGCUUUGCAAAGAUUAAAAAGGCUUGCUGAUCGAGGGUUUAUUUCUGUUUAUGAUUUCGAAAAUAAUCCUUUGAAUAUUUUUGCUGCUCAUGAAAUUGCCGGUAUGGUCGACGGUUCUAUGGGAACUAAGAUGACUGUUCAAUGGAAUCUUUUUGGAGGAACUGUGAUUAAACUUGGAACAGAACGCCAUCGUUAUCUACUUCCUGGAAUUGAUAGUUUGCAAAAUGUUGGAUGCUUUGCUCUUACAGAAUUGGGUUAUGGUAAUAACGCAGUAGAAAUGGAGACUACUGCUGUAUAUGAUGAAAGCGCACGAGAAUUUAUUAUUAAUACUCCUUCAACAUUGGCCCAAAAAUAUUGGAUUACAAAUUCUGCGGUACAUGCUAAGUGGGUCAUAGUAUUUGCACAAACUAUAAUUCGUGGUAAAAAUGAAGGUGUUCAUGCGAUUCUAGUCAGAAUUAGAGAAGAAGAUAUGAAAAUUUCUAAAGGUGUAGUUAUUGAGGAUAUGGGUGUGAAAUUUGAAUGCAACGGCGUAGAUAAUGGUAAACUAUGGUUUAAAAACGUACGAGUACCGGUUGAAAAUUUACUCAAUCGUUUUUCUGAUAUUGAUGAAAACAACAAUUUUACAAGUGUUGUUAAAAAAACUCGAGACCGAUUUUUAAGAGUUGCCAAUCAGUUACUUUCUGGAAGAUUGGCUAUAUCCGCUUUGAAUUUGGGUGGAACUAAAACUUGUCUGUGUAUCGCUUUCCGAUAUGCUAAUUCUAGGUUGGCAGUUGGUCCUACUGGAAAAAGUGAUACGCCAAUUUUAUCCUACCAACUUCAACAACGUGCCUUGAUUCCACUUCUGGCCACAACCAUUGCUUUGAAUAUUGGAUUUAAUUACUGUAAAGUUCGAUGGGCCGAAGGGACAGAAAAGGAUCAUAAUGAAGUUGUUAGGCUUUGUUGUAUGAUAAAACCUUUAGUGACAUGGAAUUUUGAACGAGUGGCUACUACUUGUAGAGAAAGAUGCGGUGGACAAGGAUAUUUGAGUAUUAAUAGAUUUGGUAGCUUCAUUGGAUUCUCACAUGCUGGUAUGACAGCUGAGGGAGAUAAUAGUGUUUUAAUGCAAAAAGUUUCUAAGGAAUUGUUAGCUGAUGUCCAAUCGGGUGUUCUCAAGUUACCACGCAUCCCUGAUGUCGAAAAUGCGAAAAGAUGGGAUAUAAGAAGUUUAGACAAUCAAUUAAGAUUAUUUAAUCUAAGGGAACAAGGUUUAAUCAAAGAAGUAAUUAUCAUUCAAAUUGUUCUUUAA